GAUCGUUACUGUGGAGAAGAAGGAGACCCAACGGCUCAUCAAGGCUAUGUCAUUUCUUGCAGAGCUUGCCGUGUACAUUCGCGAGACCAAUACACAGCCAGAGCAAUCUGAUAUCCACUACGAAGAGAUUGAUGGAAUCUCCAAGCCAUGUGUACGUGUCGCAGGCAUGAAGUGGAAGACUUUGUGGGAAUGUGGCACAGACGGUGUGUACCAAUUUGUUGAUGAGAAAUCAUCUUCGGUGUCAAAGCAGAGUCAAGCGAACGAUCCAGACAUUGAGUUGGAGAAUGCUGAUGUGAUCUUUGAACGAAUGAAACACAAUGCUUCAGCACCAGCUGCGGUUGCAAAAGCCAAAGCAGAGCCAAAGCCCAAAGCUACCAAAGGGCAGAAGCGCAAGGGUGAGUCAGCCGGUGUGGUUGACAUGAACCCAUCCAACCAGACACCAGUGCCAGAAGAAAAGCCCAAGAGAAAAAGGAAGGAUGCUGCUAAGGAUGCUGAAGAUAUCCCAAUGGAGAACGCAGAACAGGACCACGCUCCUAUGACUGAUGCUGACCGUGAGUGGCAUCGCAAUAUUGUGGAAAAACUUGAGCCUGUGAUUCAGUUCAAUUUGCAGUUUGAGAAUCCAAGUGAUGAGCAGGCAGUCAAGAUCAAGGACUACAUCAGCGACAAGGGCAGAUCUUUGACCAAGCUUCAGAAUGAUGUCCGUUCUCAGAAGCGAAAUCUGAACAGACGGAAGAAAACUCCUCAGGAGGCUGUAGAGCAAGCCAACGAGAUGCACAAGAUCAUGUCUGAU